UCCGGGUAUCUGGGUUCCCACAUCCAAAUACAGUACAUGCAGUCAGGUUAACAGGAAAUUAUACAUUUCCUGUACAGUAGGUGUGAGUCUGUCAUCCUAAAAUGUGUAGCAGUGCGUCAGGUAGGACACCACAACACGGCUUCAGGCAGACAGCGCUUCAACAUUUCUAGGCUGCAGCACAGUGUGUGCGUCACGCAGCACUUGGGCCACAUACUGUAAAUGGUUGAUCCCUGAAGUGAAGACUAAAACCCAGACAUUAUCUUCAGAAGAAUUAACAUGUGAAGGUUUAUAAUCAGUAUUAGUUUGAGAGGAAGAAACAGAAUUAGCUUGUUGUUUGUGCGGUAAUUCAUUCGACAGGGUGACUUAUGGAGGUUAAAUGAGGUUGCUCUCCUUCAAAGGAAGUUCCUGCAUGAGGGGUAAACUAUUUACUCUUCAUGCAACAUGUUUGUCCUUGUGGGAUUUGCUGCACGUGCUCAGCCUGCAGCGUAACUGGGAGAUGGUGCAACAGGAAACCUGUGUGUAGACACACUGUCUGACACGCACAGUUGUCUGAACUGACCAAUGACACUUCUUUUAACUAGUGCGGCGCUACAUAUCUGAAUAAAUAAGGAGAAGCGGAGCUCUGUGGUGUUCUGGAUGCGUGUGUCAUGUUCAGGCAUGUCCCAGUUCCCUUCCUGGUUCCCUCCUCUUUCCUGAUGCACACCGUGUCCAGUCUCUCCAGGCGCUGGUACAGAAUGUUAGAAGAGGAACCUCAGGGAGAGCUGUUUGGUGUAUCAAGGACUCCACAGCCACAACUACGCAUGGAGUCAUAGAGUAGAAACCUCUGUUCUACGCUGUGAAGCUCACACUGGGCUGAGUGGCUGAAAGCUUGACAAGGACAUGUUUUGUGGAUGUAUUUAUUGAUUUGUAUCAGCCUGAGGAGGUCAACACCAGAUUCCCUCUAACCUUUGAUUAACCAGGAGAUCAUCACAUUGUGGGUCUGAGGAGAUCAUCCUGUCUUUGCGUAACGACUGGCCCGGACCUGAGGAAAUCCCCUCAGUGGACACUGUAUGUGGGAUCUGCAGGGGAUGAGUCAGGGUGCGAUAACGGUCAGGGGGGGCACCGCCGACUGGUUUGGGGUGAGCAAGGACAGCGACACCACCCAGCGAUGGAGGCGGAAGAGCCUGCAGCACUGCCGCCAUCUGUACGGUGGUCUCAAGGCCCAGGUGAUGAGGGAGAUGGAGCUGCACAGCCAGGACAACCUCUCGCUGGCCAGCACUGAGACCCCUCCUCCCCUUUACCUCCCACCCCACCACCCCAGUCACCACUGCUAUGGCAUGCAGCGGAUCGUAGACCCCCUGGCCCGCGGCCGUGCCUUCCGCGUGGCGGACGAGGUCGAUGGCUUCGGCGGCCCUCACGCCACCAUCACACCCGGCACCGCCUCGCUCUGCUCCUUCUCCAGCUCGCGCUCGGGCCUCAACCAGCCGCCCCGACGGCGCAAGCGGGAGUCCGUCGCCCUCAUGAGCCUCAAGGCCGCAGCGGCUCUGAUGAAGGGCCGGGUUGUGAGUGAGAGCACCUCUGGGCGACAUCGCAGACAGAGUUUUGUGCCUCACGCUUUCUACGAAGAGGACACCGUGGACUUCCCCGAUGAGCUGGACACCUCCUUUUUCACCAGAGACGGCCUGCAGGAUGAGUCUUCCAGCUACGUAGAUGAGGUUUUUGAGACGCCAUCAGAGGCUGCCCUGAAACAACCGGAUGAGAGCGAGAUGACAGGUGGUGCUCUGGACAAGAAGGAACUGGAAAGGAGUCACUUGAUGCUACCUCUGGAGCGAGGAUGGCGGAAGGCCAAAGAUGCUGCUCUGCUCGAGCCAAAGGUGCGUCUGAAGCAGGAGGUGGUCAGCAGCCAUCAGCAGCGAGGGCGAAGGAUCGCCGUGCCCGUAAAGAAGCUGUUUGCCCGAGAGAAGAGGCCGUACGGACUCGGCAUCGUCGGCCGCCUCACCAACAGGACGUACCGCAAACGCAUUGAUAGUUUUGUCAAGAGGCAGAUUGAGGACAUGGAUGAUCAUAGGCCUUUCUUUACCUACUGGAUAACAUUUGUCCAUUUGCUUAUAACCAUCCUGGCUGUCGCCAUCUACGGUAUUGCUCCUGUGGGCUUCUCGCAGCAUGAAACAGUUGAUUCAGUGUUGAAGAACAAAGGAGUCUAUGAAAAUGUGAAGUUUGUGCAACAACAAAACUUUUGGGUCGGUCCAAGCUCAGAGGCGCUGAUCCACCUGGGAGCCAAGUUUUCCCCGUGCAUGCGUCAGGAUGAGGAGAUCCACGCGCUGAUGCGGGAGAGCCGAGAAAGGGAGCGCGAAACGGGCUGCUGCGUGAGGAACGACCGCUCCGGCUGCCUGCAGACGUCACAGGAGGAGUGUUCGGUCAGUGGGCUCCACCGAGGCUGUAGAAUGCAACGAAUGAGGCCUGAGCGCCGCCCGUCUUUGUUGCAGAGCACCCUGGCCGUGUGGGUGAAGUGGCCCCAGCACCCCAGCGCUCCUCAUCUGAACGGGCGCCCGCGCCGGCACGGCUCUGUGUGCCAUCAGGACCCCAGGACUUGCCUGGAGCCGGCGUCCGCGUCGCCUCACGAGUGGCCCGACGACAUCGCCGCGUGGCCGGUGUGCACGAGGCACGACUCUGGGAACCACACCAACCUCCCGCACGUCGACUGCACCAUCACGGGCCGGCCCUGCUGCAUCGGAAUCAAAGGACGGUGUGAAAUAACUUCCCGGGAGCACUGUGACUUCAUGCACGGCUACUUUCACGAGGAGGCGACCCUCUGCUCACAGGUGGCUUGUAUGGACGACGUGUGCGGCUUGUUGCCGUUCCUCAACCCGGAGAUCCCAGACCAGUUCUCCCGACUCUGGCUGUCCCUCUUCCUCCACGCUGGGGUCGUCCACUGCCUGGUGUCAGUGUUGUUCCAGAUGACGGUGCUGAGGGACCUGGAGAAGCUGGCCGGCUGGCUGAGAAUCUCCAUCAUCUACACGCUCAGCGGCAUCACGGGGAACCUGGCCUCGGCCAUCUUCCUGCCGUACAGGGCAGAGGUGGGCCCUGCCGGCAGCCAGUUCGGCAUCCUGGCCUGCCUGUUCGUGGAGCUGUUCCAGAGCUGGCAGAUCCUGGAGCGGCCGUGGAGGGCGUUUUCCAAGCUGCUGGCCAUCUCCGUCUUCUUCUUCUCCUUUGGUUUGCUUCCUUGGAUCGACAACUUCGCCCACAUCAGCGGCUUCGUGUCAGGAUUCUUCCUGUCCUUCGCCUUCCUCCCAUACAUCAGCUUCGGCCGCUCGGAUCUGUACAGGAAGCGGGUCCAGAUCUGCGUCUUCAUCCUGGUGUUCCUGGGCCUGUUCUCUGCACUGGCCGUGCUCUUCUACGUCUACCCCGUGAAGUGCGACUGGUGCGAGUACCUCACCUGCAUCCCCAUCACUGACAAGUUCUGCGAGAAAUACGACCUGAACGCGCAUCUACUCUGAGCUGGUGAAGCGGCAGCUGGACCGAUCACAGCUGAGAUAAAGCGCAUGUGAUGUAAUAAAGACAAGUGAUAAAUAAUUCAUUCUCACUUGCCUGAGAAUAAAAGUGAAGUGAUUUUACAGUAUGUCUGCUCAACGCCAGCAUCACCUCCAUGUGGACAAAAAGAGCAGAGAUGAUGGUGAUUUGUUAACUGAUUUAAUCAGUUUUCACCUCAAAUGACUGAAUGUGCCUUAUAGCCACAAACAUACAUCUUCCUUUUGUGCCACUUACCAUUUUUACAAAAACUGCUGACAGAGUGUUAAACGUGUUAUUUUUAAAUGUUAAUAUUGAUCAUCUAGUUUAAUGCACUUAAAGGACACGUCGUGUUUUUACAUAAUUUGUGUUUUACAUAUUUUUAUACUAAACUGUAUGUUCCAUUGUCAGUUUGCUGUUACAAUGGGAAUAUUGUGUUUUUUAUUCAUAUUCGUGGCGUUUUAGCUACUUUACAAUAAAAACAAAAGACAAAGCUUUUUCUCAUUUGGUAAUUUUUUUAGAAAUGUAAAACUCUUUCAGGCCUGGUGGGACACAAUAAAUUGCCUACAUACUGUACAUUAGGAGUAAGUAGCUUAUGGAGACUUACUCAUGAAGCCCAUUAUUUCUGUCUGUAAGAGCCAGAUUUGAUAAAAUACAGUAUUGCUUACUCUGA